UUAGCAAUCAAAUUCCCUUUUAACAAACCUUCCGUUUCUCCCUUUUUUUCGUUUUAUCCCAUUUUUUUCUAAUCAACAUUUUAUAUGUUGAUGCUAUUUUUUGAUAUCAUCCCAACAAUUGAGUAAAGCAAAUAAAGUGCUAGUUGUUGUAUGCCUUGAAUGAAGAAAACUUGUAAAAAUUCGUUUUAUAAUGGAGAAUGGUAUGGAAACAAGAAUCACAUCUUCGUUUAAAUCAAUUUGUAUAUUUCAUUCGACGAAUUGGGUGGAUCUCAAUGAUACCCAAUGUCGAUUCCGACGACAAUUCUUCUUCCUCCCUGGCCUUUUGAGUCAUUCAAAAAAAUCACUUUUUUCUUGAUGAAAUCCUCUUUUGUCUUUGAGUAAAACCUUGUUUCUUCGUCGUCGUCGUUGUGUUUUCUUUUUGUUCAACAGAAAUGAUUUCUCGGGCUGGAAUUGGAAAUUGGGCUAAUGAGACAUUCAAUUUGCAACAUGACUAUGUUGAGAAAGAUCCCAAUGGACGAUAUGUUAGGUAUAAUGAGGUAUUGGGAAAGGGAGCAUUCAAGACUGUCUACAAGGCAUUUGAUCUACUUGAGGGCAUUGAAGUUGCAUGGAGUCGAGUGAAAAUUGAGGACGUGCAGUCAUCAGAAAGUUUGGAAAAAUUGUAUUCAGAGAUUGAUCUUCUAAGACAAUUGAAACAUGAAAAUGUAAUGAAGUUAUACGAUUCGUGGAUCGAUCACAAGAAGAAGACAGUUAACAUGAUCACUGAGCUCUUCACGUCUGGGAACCUGAGACAAUACCGUAACAAGUAUAAAAGUGUUGAUAUGAAGGCUAUAAAGAAUUGGGCAAGGCAGGUUCUUCAAGGUUUGGAGUAUCUCCAUAGUCAGAAUCCACCUAUCAUUCAUCGAGACUUGAAAUGCGAUAAUAUAUUUGUCAAUGGAAAUCAUGGGGAAAUCAAGAUUGGUGAUCUUGGAUUGGCAACUAUUAUGAAGCAGCCAACUGCUAAGAGUGUUAUUGGGACCCCUGAAUUCAUGGCCCCGGAGCUCUACGAAGAAGAGUAUAAUGAACUAAUAGAUAUAUAUUCCUUCGGAAUGUGUAUGUUGGAAAUGGUAACUUUUGAAUACCCUUACAGCGAGUGCAAGAAUUCUGCCCAAAUUUAUAAGAAAGUUAGCUCAGGCAUUAAACCUGCUUCCCUCGGUAAAGUUACCGAUGCUGAAGUCAAAGCAUUCAUUGAAAAAUGCUUGGCUGCAGCAUCUGAGAGAUUGUCAGCUAGGGAGCUCCUGAAAGAUCCGUUUCUUCAAUUUGAAAACUUGGAGGAGUCAGUCGAUAAUCAAAUUCAGUUACCUAAGCAAAGUCCUACAUCCUUGAGUUUAUUGAAACCUUUACCUCAGCCCAUGGAUGUGGAUUUCGAGUCUACAUAUACAGAUUCUAGUUGUGGAAGUCCUAGUGUUCCAGGUUUGGAAUUCCAGAGAUGUCAUCAGAAUAAUGAAUUCAAAUUAAUGGGGAAGAAGAAUGAUGCCAACUCAAUUUCGUUGACCUUGCGAAUCAGAGAUCCUGCUGGUAGUGUUAGAAAUAUACAUUUCAUUUUCUAUCUUGAAACUGACACUGCACCGUUAGUUGCGGCUGAGAUGGUUGAACACUUGCAGCUAGCUGAUCAUGAUGUAGCUUUUAUUGCUGACUUUAUUGAUCACCUAGUAAUGAAGAUAUUUCCUGCUUGGAAUCCGUCUUCUGGUGACCAUUCUAGUGGAGGGAGAAAUCCAAGCAAACAACCUCAAGAAAGCUUAAACAUGUCUUCAAAUUCAUGGCAAACAGACGUGAGUGGUUGCUUGUCCAAGUCCAUAGGUCACCAAGGUGUUAUUUCUGGCUUUAACGUGGAAACUCAAGUUGGUGCUCGAAGUGAUAAAGGUGAAUUGUAUGUGAAUUCAGAUGACGCUUCUCAUCAUGUUACAUUUGCUUCCCCAUCGCGCUUGACGCUUGUGGAUGAUGGAAAAUCUCAACAAUCAGUUGUUUCUAGAGUAAUGGCUGAAGAUGCUAAUGUAUGCUCUGAUGAUCAUAUUAAUGAUGGAUUUCCUAGAAGUUGUAGUACAAACAUCUCGGAGAUGGAUUUUAGGUACUUGUUUCACGAUGAAUGGACAACACAGGAAAACAACAGUGAUGUUGCAGAACGCGUACCAUCAAAUGAAUAUGGAAAGGAUUCAGAAAUGACUUAUUCAGAUAUCGACAAAAUGUCAAGUGGUUCUUUCUCUUCUAUAAUCGAGAAAGAUGAGGAUACAGAGCUAAGGUUGGAGAUGAAAGCAAUUGAUUUGCAAUAUCAGCAGUGGUUUCAGGAACUCUCGACGAUGAAGGAGGAGGAACUAGAAAACUGCAGGAAGAGAUGGAAGACUAAGAAAGUUGGCAAGCAACUGAUCAAUACUGGAUGCAUUGCCAACUUUCUUCAAAUAUCUGAGUUUGUCUUAUAGAUUAAUGAUUCCGAUGAAGGCUAGUAUUCGUUUUUCUUCUUUUCCUACGCUUAAAUCUAUAUAACUUCGAUCCUUGAAGGAUCUUGUGGUCUCAUUCUAAUAGACCUAAGAGGGAUCACUUUACACAAAUAUUUUGGUAGGUGGAGAUCAUACUAUAUAACUGUGUACAUUGUUGUAUAGCUCUCUUUGUUUCUACAUUGGCUCUGUUCUGUUGGCCACUGUUUGCCUGAGUGUGCCCUUUAGUUCUAAUCUGCAGUCUCUUGCUAGUUGUAAAAGAGGCAAGUGGCUCGUGAGAUUUACAUCUAUAUUGCCUACAACAACAACAUAUCCAAGGGGUUUGGGGAGGAUAAAGUGUACGUAGACCUUGCCGUGAAAAGGUCCCUCAAGUCAUUCACAUCUAUGUAGCCUAAUGAGUUAUACGAAUUACUGCAUCUUUUAU